AUGGAUUUAGCUUUUUUGAAUAAUUUACGAAAAAUAUCUGAUGAAGAUGAUCGAUUGGUUACAAUAACACUUCUUAUUGAUAUUACUUCAAAUUUAAUUAGUGAUAGAAAUAAUCAUCGAUAUCAUACAUUACCUAUUUGUUAUAUUCGAGAAAUGUUUCAGAAAUAUACAGGUGCAAUGCAAUGCCUUCAUACUAUCGGAUUUAAACAGAUCAAUGAUGAUUAUGUAUUCGAUCAAUCAGUAUCUGACAAACAACUGCAGGAAAUAGUGAAAUUACUUGAAAAUGAAUUAGAUCCUAAACCAAUUGAUAAAUGUGAAGAGGUAAAAUGUAAUAGUCUGGAUCUUGGAAUAAGUGAUAAUGAUAGGUCGUCUAAUAGUUUAAUUUCAUUUGAUAAUUUUCAUGUUUCAUCUCAUUUUGAUAAAUUAAUUCCAUUUGUAUCAAUAUUAAAACGUGUUCAAUCCUAUGAAGAUAUAAAUCUUCAACAUUAUAUUCGCUCAAAAAUAAUUCCAUUAGAAGAUUUUAAUCGAAGAAUUUCAAAGAAGAUGAAAUCUACCGAUAUUAAUAAACGUGAUUUAUUAUUACUUGAAUUAUUAAGAUGGUUUAAAGAAGAAUUUUUUACUUGGUUUGAUCGAGCAAAUUGUGAUUAUUGUAAGAAACCAAUGGAUUUUGCAGAAUAUAUUCAACCAACAAGAGAAGAAAGAGAAUAUGGAGAUGCACAUAGAGUUGAACUUUAUAGAUGUUCAACUUGUUCAUCUGAAUAUCGUUUUCCUCGUUUUAAUGCACCCAUAAAAUUAUUAGAAACUCGUAGUGGUCGUUGUGGUGAAGCUGCAAAUCUGUUUGCUUGUCUAUGUCGUUCAUUAUCAUUUUUAACUCGUUAUAUUUAUGAUCCUAGUGAUCAUGUUUGGACUGAAGUUUAUUCUGAAAGUGAACAACGUUGGCUUCAUUGUGAUUCAUGCGAAAAUCUUUGUGAUUCUCCACUUGUUUAUGAAAAAGGAUGGAAAAAAGAAUUAACAUUUUGUAUUGCUUUUGCUAAAGAUCAUAUUGGAGAUGUUACUUGGAGAUACGUUACUAAUUUCAGACAAAUUAUACAGAGACGAAAUAUUAAUGAAAAAAAUUUCGCACGAACAAUUCAUCAAAUUAAUCGAAAAAUUCAAUCUCAACUUAAUCAAGAAGAAAAAAUAAAAAUUAUCUCAAAUCAAAUAAAAGAUAUAGUCAGUAUGUUGAAUGAAGAAAAAUCGGCAAAAGAAAGUGAAUUACAUGGUAGACAAAGUGGUUCACUUGGUUGGAAAUUAUCACGUGGAGAAACAGAUCAACAAGAUGAUGUUAUCAAUGGUUAUGUUUAUUCAAUAACUAAUGAAGAAUGUGAGAAAGGUUCAAUUCAAAUUGAAUAUAAUUCUGUCGCCGAUAAAUAUUUACGUAAUGGAAUUGAAGAAAUAAAAAAAGAUGGAUGGAUUGAUCGAGUUUAUUCAUGUUCAAAUAUCCAAAGAAAAAUUGAAAAAGAUUGGAAAAUGGUUUAUUUAUGUAGAGAACACUUACAUACAAAUGGAAUUCUUUCAUGGACUAUACAAUUAAAACCUGAAGAAGAAAAAUUUUAUCAAUUUCAUCAUAUAAGUAUUCAAUGUCCAUCGAAAGCUUUUGAUCAAUAUACUCAAAUUAUUUGUCAAUUACAAAUUGAUGAUAAACAAAUUAUUGAUCUAUCACAAAAUUUAUCUUCAAAUUCAUUAUUUGAAUAUAGUUUAGAUAAUAAAUUAGAUUCGUUAACAAAUAUUCGAUUAACUUUCAAAGUUACUUUAAAUUGUUCAAAUGAUAAUAAUGAUAAUAAUGCUUGGCAAAAAGGACAAUUAUUUCGUCAAUCAACUGACCAAGUAUCAAAUGCUGAUCAAUCGCAUCAUCUUCGAAUACAUGCUACGAUUAGAAAAAGAAAUUGA